AUGGGAAACCAGAUGAGCGUCCCACUAAGAACUGGAGACCAAGAGCAUGACCCGGAAGCAGACACUUACAAGGUGACGUCAGACAAUGAGUGUGUCCAGAAUGGGAACCCAGUGGUGCUGUCCACUCGUGUAAUUCAACACUAUGAGGAAGACGACUCGGGAGUAAGCAGCUCGAAGGAUAACGCAGCCGCUUCUUCCCCCAAGACAAUGGAGGCCCGUGCCGUAGCCGAUGGCAGCGGAAAGAAUCUUGGGAAAGAAGCCAGGCCCAAGGCACCAGCUGCUAGAUCCCACUUUUUCUUGACGCUCUCUCGGCCUGUACCAGGACGUCCCGGGGACCAAGGCACGGAUUCAUCGGCUGCACCGGGGAGCCUUGAUGUCAGCCCAGGCGCAACGCCCGGGAACAAAGACCCAAGUGAGCACGGGGCACUUCCGGUGGCAGCUGCAGCAGGGCGGACUCCAGAUAAAACCCCAGGGUGCAGCGUGGCCAAGCCACAGACCCUCCCUGCCGCUGGCUCACUGGCACCCUCGACACCCGAGUCCCAGGCAGAAGCCCCCGCCAGGCCCACGGAUUUCAGCUUUUUGAAUAGAUUCUUUAAACUGGACAAGGGGAGAGAAAACGCUCCCAUUGACAAACAGCCUGAAGAAGCAAAAGGCUCCGAAGACCCAGAACAGGCCACAGAGGCUCCCGCUGUGCCAGGGAAUCCCCAUGGUGUCUCUGCACGGGAGGACAUAGUCGACAGCGAGGAGAGAGGGCAAGAAGUUGGCACUCUGAGUUAUUCUGUCCCUGGGGAUCCAGAGGUGCUGGGGACCACGAAGGAGGACCCCCAGGUGGUAGACACCACAGAGAACAGUAGCUCCAUCAUGAGCUUCUUCAAGACACUUGUUUCACCUAACAAAACGGAAACAAAGAAGGACCCAGAAGACACGAAGGCAACCAAGACAGACACCGUCUGCGAUGGGCAUGUUGGCCAGAAGAUGUUGGAGACGCAGGCUAAAAGCAAGAAGAAGCGCCUGGACAGCCCCAGGCUAGGACUCUCCCUUAGAAAGUUCUUUAGGCACAAGGAUACCGAGAAUUCACCCAGUACUUCAGCGAGUCUCAAGUCAGACAAAGCUCAGGAGACCCAAGGGGCGACCAAGAGUUCCAAAGGCUGCAGCCAGCCACCGACUGCCACUACCGGUGAUGCAAGAGAAGGCCCCAAGGAGAAGGCGGGGCCCACCUCGCUCCCGCUGGGGAAGCUGUUUUGGAAGAAGUCAGUUAAGGAGGAUGCACUUUCCACAGGUGCAGAGGAGAACGCGGCGCGUGAGUCACCAGUAGAGUCUGUAAGGCUUGAGGAAGUAGAACCAGCCUUACAAACUGUGGAUCUCAAUGAAGAAGAGACCCAGCCUGAACCCACAGACAUAAAAGUCAAAGAAGAAAGCAAGCCCCGGAGGACCCCUCUGAUGGCGCUUCUCAGACAAAUGUCAGUGAGAGGGAGCGAAGGAAUCACCCGCUCGGAAGAAAGUAACGGGAAAGACUCCAGCUGCCAAACAUCAAACUCCGUGGAGAAGACGCCCUCACCCCCAGAGCCGGAGCCCGCGGGAACAGCCCAGAAAAACAAGGAGGCCUCCUCGAGGGACAAGAAAUCCGUGGACAAGAAGUCAGCGGCCGAGAACAACAAGCAGAAGAACGGCAAACAGGAAGCCAGAGAACCCGUGCCGUGUGUGCAGCAGCCCACGGUGGAGGCGAACGCGCUGCAGACUGGGGACAAGACACAAAAGAGGGCUGAGAAGCGGCGACAGUCCCUCGGGGGCUUUCUGAAGGGCCUGGGACCAAAACGGAUGUUGGAUGCUCAAGUGCAAACGGACCCCGUAUCCAUCGGACCAGUUGGAAAAUCCAAGUAAACAAACCACCCACUUCCCACCGGGCUCUCCUCCCCACGCCAUCUCCUGCCCAGACCCAUGCUGUGUGUAUAUAUAUAUUUUUUCUUCUUCUGGCCAGUCAAUGAAAUUCUGCCUACAACUUCAACCUGAAUUGUUGUAGAUCAAGGUGUAUUAUUUACGUCUCUGGUCCAGUCUUUCCUGGCAUAUAAGUGUAAAAAUGGGGUUAGCAGGUUGACCAGUUGACCCAGGAGAGCUGGUGAGCGCCAGGUGCAGGAGGAAGUAGGUAGAUAAAGGUAUUUGUGUUAAGUUACGAGAAACUGGCAGGUAUCCAGUAAGGUGCAGAAGAAAAGUUACUUAUGAGACAAAGAAUAUCUGGCUUUGUAGCCAGUGCUGCCUCAUCCUCUAAGCCUGAAGAGGGGAAGGGAAAACUGGUUUAUUUCAUUUCACACUCGGGGAGAGAAGGACUCAGGGCAGGCUCUAGGUUGGGCAUCCGCCAAUCUUCGGAACGGAAUGUGUAGGCUGGAAAGAAGAAUGGGCAAGAAUUGGUUUUCAAAUAGGGUCCUUGAAAGUUAUCGGUGAACAGGGAAAUGAUCUGCUGGAGAGGGCUUGCAAUGAUUGGGGGGGUUGGGGGAACAAUUACUUCUGAGGCACAGGGACAAGGGCAUGAAUUAUGAACUUCAAAAGAAAAACAGGGUAAAAUGAAAUAAAGUUGCAAGUUCAUUUUUGCAACACAAGGGGGCGCCAAGACCUCCGUUCCACUUUUCCCUUUGCAUCCAGUACCCCUAACAAAGAUUUGUUCCUGCAAUAGAUUGUUAUUAAUGUUUCUCAGAUGGCUGAGGGACUUGCUUCAUCUGUUCUGUCUGACGCUUUUCUCACGCCUGUCUGUAAUGUCCUAAUGUUUUCAUAAUGUGCUCUGAUAAAAACCCUCCCCUAACCCAGUUAAUAAAAAUUGACAGAUUAUGCAAAUA